CAGAGUUCGUAUGCCGGAAGCGUCUUAGUACACAGCUUAUGACGUGUGUGAGCAGAAUAACCAGAUAUUGGCUGAGAUUACCUCCCUUUCUGAAAUGUAUAUCUUAGAGGAAUUACUCAGUGACAUGAACAGGCUUUUCAACGAUCCAGUCAUCAAUGUGUCUGUUGGUUUUUGGAUUGGAGGAUUCGUGCGAGCUUCAGACAAAAAGAUAUUGACCCCAGAUUGUAAAUCCUUGAAUUUGUUAUCAGCCAUUGAUAUAUCUAAAACAGAAUUUACGAAGGAGAUAGUUUGUUUAUACUAUGAUAGAACAGCAAUGAAAAUCCACACAGACAACUGUCAAAAGACCAUACCAUUCAUUUGCGAGAGUAUAGAUAAAGGACCCGCGUCCUGUUUGGAGACGUCGGAAAGAACAAGUCUGAAAGAAAGGAUUCCUCAAAUGUUGUGCCCAAGCGUUACGUACCCCUCCCUUAGGAGAACUCAGUGUGAAACAGCGUGCAUAAAAACUCAGCGAUGCUACACGGUAGUAAUCGAUUUAAACGACGACUGUCGGAUCUACAGAUACGAGGACAAUGAUAAUUGUGACAUGGGUAGAAAUCCUCCAACCUAUCUGCAACACAUAA